UUCUCAUUUUCCUCCUGACUUGUCCGUGUUGGGGGUAACGUAAAAUUACAGUAAUGUCCUUGCCAGAUCGUGCCGUCCUUUCCCUGUUGGCCGACAUCUUCUUAUCCUUCGACGGAGCCAUCCUCGGCGUAACCCUAGCUUUCGGCGCCGUUCGUGCUGCUUCCAAGUACGCCUCCGCCUCCGCCGCCUUGAAUAAGAUCAAAGACUCCCCCGAAGUCUCCGUCUCCGACCUCCGAUCACUGAUUCCGCCGUCUGAUGGCGAGAGUAGCCCUGGUAAUCAGCGUGUCGUGGUGGUUCGCGGAACCGUCGAACCUAAAGUCACCGGCGAUGGGAGUCACAAGAACAACAACGACAAUAACGUGCUAAUCUCUCAAGAGACUGGAGAGAAAGCUCUUAUCAUCCAUAGAACUCAAACUUAUAUGUAUAGUGGAUGGAAGACUCUGUUUCAUUUGUCAAGUGGUCACCGGUUUCUUUUGGAAAGAUCUUUGCCCAAACAAGGAGCUGACUUUAUGAGAAUGGUCCCGUUUGUUAUUGUGGAUAAGAACCAAUGGUCGCAGUCUAGUUUCCUCGUUGUUAACAUGGAUGGUGCAAGGCAGCCUCUCCCUCUUACCACUGUGUAUAAUCGUCUGCAGCCUAUUAAUUCAUCUCCCUAUUCCUUUCUUCAAGCCUUAUUCUUCCCUGAGUAUCCUGUUGGUAUGCUUGAUGUAGAGAAGAUCUUACCACCUGGGAGAGACUUAACAGCUCUUGGUAUCUGUAGUUUUAACAAUGGAGUUCCUGAAAUCAAGUCUUGCCAAGAUCUUCCCUAUUUCUUAUCAGAUAUGACUAAGGACAAGAUGAUAAUGGACCUUACGGAGACUACCAGUGUAUUAUUCUGGGGCGGUGUUAUCUUGGGAUGUUUGUCUGUUGGCAUACUUGGCUUUGCUGCUGUCAGGGCCUGGAAUAGAUGGAAACUAAGGAGAGAACUGCUACAGAGACGACCAGAUCAACACAUGGUCGAUGAUGAGACAGAAGAAGAUGCUGAUGAGAUUCCAGAUGGAGAAUUGUGUGUGAUCUGUGUGACAAGAAGGAGAAUCCCUGCCUUCAUUCCCUGUGGACAUGUUGUAUGUUGCAGAUACUGCGCCUUAACAGUGGAACGAGGGCUGAACCCUAAGUGUCCUGUUUGUCUCCAGGCCAUUAGAGGAUCUAUGCGCAUAUACUACUCUUGAUGAAUGCUAAUCUUUACCUCAUUUGUGUAUAUGUAAAUCUCAGAGAAUCAGAAAAUGUUGAAAAUAACAAAAUAGUUUGACAAAGUUCUUCAAUUUAGAGUGAGAUUGCAGAUGAUGUAAACAGAGUUUUGCAAUAACAAUUUUAUAGCCAA